AUGGCAAACUCAGACAGUGAAGUCAAGACGCUGCUGAAUUUCGUGAAUUUGGCAUCCAGCGAUAUCAAGGCGGCCUUGGACAAGUCAGCGCCGUGCAGACGCUCCGUGGAUCACAGGAAAUAUCUGCAGAAACAACUCAAGCGUUUCUCUCAGAAGUACUCCAGAGUCCCUAGAUGCCACACGCACAGGUCUGCUGAGUACGGCUGCGUCAAACCGGUGGGGGCCGCUCAGCAGAGUGUGAAGGUCGCAGAGAAGGUCAGUUCGGUUGCUGAAGGUGUGGAGAACGCUGUGGAACAGGUGCCUAUGAGGAAACGCCAGCUACCGGCCUCAUUCUGGGAGGAACCCAAGCUGACCCAAACUAAGAGGGAGCACGCACAUGUAGGGUUGAGAAAGAACCCUGCAGGCACGUCCGAGGGCAGCGACAACGACAAGAGGAAAAGGAGUUAUGAUGACGCAAAGGCCGCCCUGUCUGCGUCCAGCCGACGCAGCACCGCGGACAAAGACUCGCUGAAAUUGGACCUGACCUCUCACCACUGUGUGAGCGUGUGCGGCUGCUGCCCCUUCCAGUACCACGGACACCAGGUCCUCCACAGUCACAUUGUUGUCCCCCACCCGCCCCUGGGGCUGUGGAGCAAAGCAGCAGGGACUGAGCUGGAGAGACCUGAGCACCCUUACGGACAGAAAAUUCACACGCACGUUGUGGUCAAACCCAUACCGACCAAACCCACCGUCCAGUCACCCAUCUUCAGUGUGUUUGGGUUCAUUUGAGUACACUACUGAUGGAUCCGUCACACAAAAAUGUGUAAAUAGGACUAAUUAUAUCCCUUUUAUGCUCUACACAGACUCUUCCUCUUUCAGCAUUUGUACAUAAGACACUUCCUCAAGCACUUAUUGGAAUGCUUCAUCUAUUUUUAUUGUUUAAAUCUGAAGGACUAAGUUGCACUUGCAGAAUAACUUCAUCAUGUUCGCUUUCAUGCCACUCUGAUGCCUCCGCGUAUCUGAAAA